CUGUGGCCCCUUGUCCUUGCGGGCCGGGCGAAGCGAGGCGCAGUCGUGGCUCGCGUCGCUCAUGCAGGGGGGAAGGGUGAGCCAACGAAGAGGCUUGGAGGGACUGGCCGCUGCUGCCUCGCCUCCAGCUUGCGGGGGGGCAUGGCUUCGACGGAGUUUCGAUCGAGGCACCCUUGCCCUCAAGCUUGCAGCUCCGGCGACGCGUCUCGCUCUCGGCUGCCAGGGGUCGCCUUCUUCUUGCCACUGCGACGCGCCUUGGCCUCUGUCCAACCUGCCCCCCCUUUCUGGCCGUUGUUGACAGCCUCUUGGCCAAUGGGUUCGCUUCAGUGCAUCCCCGGGACGUUCAGAGGCCAGAAGGCGGUCAGUCGCCGAGGAAGAAGCUCAUGCUCCCGUGCGUGCGAACAUCGCUGGAGCUUCCGCCGAAGCAUCAGAAGCUUUGUGUGUCGUCGGAACGCGUACCAGAUCCCGCAAAGUCCAGAGUUGCUCUGCCUUGCCCAGCAAGGUACGCAAUUAGAGCCGCCUCAUCAACAGCCCCGAGUUGACCGCUGUCUUUCUCCCUCUUCCCUCUCCCGCACCCCCCUCCUUCCCUGCGCCACUGCUGCUGCAUUGCCCGCAACCCGCAUCAACUCUCAACACCUCAACACCGGCCCUUGCUCUCUUCCCACCAACCCCCCUCUUCCCGGCUACUGCCCGUCUGUCCCUGAUUCCCCCCACCCCCUCCGAAUAUCAACGCCCGCCCACUCUCGGCCUCUGCUCCGCUUACUGCCUUGCAUCACGGGCACUACCUUUCACUUCCCGCAAAUUCAGAUCCCUCGAACCCCCUUGAAGCUCUCCCACGAUCAGCCCGGAGCUUGCAGAUCACGACGCCAAACAUCACUAGCUCCAACGAUCGUUACCAGCGGACCUCUCCUUUACACCGACGACAAGACCUUAUCAUCUCUUCCUCGUUGACCUUACUUCAUCCUCUGUCCCGCACAUCAGUCAUUAGCGCUUUGCUUCCUCUAAACUCUUCGUCAUCACUCGUAGCCCUCUUACAGCUGGUCUGUCUUAGGUCUCCUCAAAAGCACUCUUGAAUCUCUGCAACGCUACGCAUAAGCUCGCUCUCGGAUCGCCCUUUGCAACAGCUCUUCGAACCUCAACCUCCUUCGUCGUUACUGUUACAGGCUUUCAAACUCCAAACACGUUCACGAUGUCUGCCUACGCUUCCACAUCUGCUUCGGGCUUCAGCAGCUCUUCAAUGAGGAGACACCCUGCGAGCUUGAUCCCAAAGCUCGUUCAUGACCCUGCGCUGCUUGAUCUGGUGAAGUGUCCCGUCACACGAGAGAUGUAUACCUCGCU